AUGGACAUUCUUCCACACGGUGGAGGAUCUCAAGACGGAGGCAGCAAAGAAAGUGACCUCAGGAGGGAGGCGGAGGCUUCCUUCAACUCUGCUACGCCGGUCGUAACCCAAACAUUGGCAACCCCAAGCCCGUUGACGAGUUUAGAGCCUGGAGGAGCCCGCGGCCCUGACCAGGAGAUUUUGUUCGGAGACUUCCUCUCGCAGCGGCCCAUGUCGUUGCGCACUUUGUCCUCCCUUGAUGGCAAUCCCGAAAGCUUCUUCCUCUCAUGGACCAUGAACAACGACAGCGGGACCAGUGCCGACAUCAACUGGAUUGCAUGGGUUGCUAGAUCUACCAUGAUCUCAAGUGAAGCUGACCAAGUUAUCGUCGACAACAUCAUAAUCAACCCAAAUAUGUCUGCCGUGAACCGCGAGCGCAAAUUCUUAUCCGACGACUCUAAUGGCCAGAAGGGAGUCACCAUUCAGUAUGGACGUUGGUUAGAUUCAUUAAAGAAUGGCAAGGACACAGGCCAAACGCUGGAAGGCGUCGCAUUGCCAGCGGGCAAACGCCUAGCUUCUGACACCGACUUCAUGAGGCUCCAGAUAUCGUGGACUAAACGCAGCACCCGAGAGAGCAAGAUAUCAAACUCCGGUGUUUUUUUUAUGAAACCCCCAGUUGGGCUAGGCCUUGAGCCUUUUUGGCGUGAUAAUGUCACCGGCUAUGAGGAGAAGGCGGGAACAAACGGAGGCGUGGCUACGAGCAUGACGCAUAUCAGUAGCUCACCCACUUCCACCGAUCCUCCAGACACAAACGGCGGACCAACAUCGGCCGGGAAUCCAGAUAGCAGGGGGCUCUCGACCGGAGCUAUUGCGGGCAUAGUCAUCGCUAGUGCCAUAGCCGUAGCUCUCGUUGCCGGCCUCGCAUGGUUCUUCCUCCGCCGACGCCGUAACCGUAACGAGCCUCAAUUUGAUCCCCAGUACAAGAACGCUCCGUUCAUGGAGCACAAGGCUGCCUCUGCAACACAAGUCGUGGACUCUCACCGGUCUGGGCUUUCCGGAGACAGCGGACGCCAGGAUUAUAUCACGCACAACAACAACACCAGCCCGGUCGGCAUUGCGUAUGGUGGGCAAGACCAGUCAUCGCAUGACCACACCGGCAGUUUCACCAACCUUCACGAUACUGGUAUAUCCAACGGCCCUGAAAACUAUCCAGGCCACAAUCCCGACCCUACCGCAACCGCUGCCGCCCGCGGCAUGCAAGAACACCAGCACGGCGCGGAUACAGACUCGGGCAGAGAGGACCCGGCACAUCCUCACAUCACGCUGCCCAUACCCUCCCGAAUUCGUCAUCUUGUGGAACCACAUCACACAAACGACGAUCUCCGCCGCCUCCUUGCCGAAGAAGAUCAUCUUGAUGAAGAGAUUGCGCGUGGGUCCUAG